GGGCAGCGCCCGCGGGCGGGAGUCGCGGCCAUGGCGCUGCCGCUGCUCCUCCUGGUGGGUGUCGGCGGGCUGCGGGCGGCCGAGCGGAGCGGCGGCAGCAGCGGCAGCAGCAGCGCCAUGGAGGAGCUCGCCACCGAGCAGGAGGCGGAGGAGAGCCACCGGCAGGACAGCGUGAGCCUCCUCACCUUCAUCUUGCUGCUCACCCUCACCAUCCUCACCAUCUGGCUCUUCAAGCACCGCCGCGUCCGCUUCCUCCACGAGACCGGGCUCGCCAUGAUCUACGGACUGAUUGUUGGGGUCAUCUUGAGAUACGGCACUCCCUCUUCCAGCGGCCGUGAUAAACCCCUGAGCUGCUCGCAGGAGGACAGGCCAUUCACAACCCUGCUGGUCAACGUCAGUGGGAAGUUCUUUGAAUACACACUCAAAGGUGAAAUAAGCCCUGGGAAGAUCCACAACGUGGAGCAAAAUGACAUGUUGCGAAAGGUUACAUUUGACCCAGAAGUUUUUUUCAACAUUCUGUUGCCUCCUAUUAUUUUUCAUGCUGGUUAUAGCCUGAAGAAGAGACACUUUUUCAGGAAUUUGGGGUCAAUUUUGGCCUAUGCCUUUUUAGGAACAGCAGUCUCUUGUUUUAUCAUUGGGAAUCUCAUGUAUGGGGUUGUGAAACUAAUGAAGUUGGUGGGACAGCUCUCUGAUAAAUUCUAUUAUACAGAUUGCCUCCUCUUUGGAGCGAUAAUAUCUGCCACUGAUCCAGUUACCGUGCUAGCAAUAUUUAAUGAGCUGCAUGCUGAUGUUGAUCUCUAUGCUCUUCUGUUCGGGGAGAGCGUGCUGAAUGAUGCUGUUGCCAUUGUAUUAUCUUCGUCUAUAGUUGCCUACCAGCCAACAGGCGAAAACACCCAUGCUUUUGAUGCAGCAGCAUUUUUCAAGUCAGUUGGUGUUUUCCUGGGAAUAUUCAGUGGUUCUUUCAUGAUGGGAGCGGUGACAGGAGUAGUGACAGCUCUGGUGACAAAGUUUACCAAGUUACACUGCUUCCCUCUGCUGGAAACGGCUCUCUUCUUCUUAAUGUCCUGGAGCACUUUCUUGCUUGCAGAAGCCUGUGGAUUUACUGGUGUAGUGGCUGUCCUGUUCUGUGGAAUUACUCAGGCACAUUACACGUACAAUAACUUGUCAGUUGAAUCAAGAAGUCGCACUAAGCAGCUAUUUGAGGUAUUGCACUUCCUGGCUGAGAACUUCAUCUUUUCUUAUAUGGGUUUGGCACUGUUUACUUUCCAGAAACACAUAUUCAGCCCAGUUUUCAUCAUUGGAGCUUUUAUUGCGAUCUUUUUGGGCAGAGCUGCACACGUCUACCCCCUCUCCUUCUUGCUGAAUCUGGGCAGAAGGCAUAAGAUCAGCUGGAAUUUUCAACACAUGAUGAUGUUUUCAGGUCUCAGGGGAGCCAUGGCCUUUGCUCUGGCCAUACGAGAUACUGCUACCUAUGCUCAUCAGAUGAUGUUCUCAACAACUCUCCUCAUUGUCUUCUUCACUGUGUGGAUUGUUGGUGGAGGCACAACUCCCAUGCUGUCAUGGCUGAACAUCAGAGUUGGUGACCAUGUUCCAUCGGUGGAAGAGAUGAGUGAAAGCCGCUGGCUGUAUUUCAGGGUUGGGGUUGACCCAGAUCAGGACCCUCCACCUACUAAUGACAACUUUCAAGUCUUACAAGGAGAUGGUCCGGAUUCUGAAAGAAGGAACAGAACAAAGCAGGAAAGUGCAUGGCUCUUCAGGCUGUGGUAUAGCUUUGACCAUAAUUAUUUAAAGCCAAUUCUCACUCACAGUGGCCCUCCAUUGACCACGACUCUGCCCAGCUGGUGUGGCCUCAUAGCCCGCUGCCUGACAAGUCCCCAGGUUUACGAUAAUCAAGAACAACUUAGAGAAGAGGAUUCUGAUUUUAUUCUCAAUGACAGUGACCUCACUGUGACAUACGGCGAUACAACAAUAACUGCGAAUGGUUCUUCUGGCCCUCAUACAGCCACCACCAGCCUUGAUGGCAGGAGAACAAAGAGUAGUUCAGAGGAAGCACUGGAACGCGACUUAGGAGCAGCAGAGCAUGAAGUUGCAAGCAGGGGUACCCGGCUAGUAUUUCCUCUGGAAGACAAGGCGUGAUUACUGACUCAGUAAAAACAGCUCUCGCUCUGCAGGUGGAUCAAGGAGGACUGCUGGCCACUGUGUCACUUGAGGUGGGGGUGUUUGUGUAAGCAAGUGAAUGUGUUUAAGUGGUUUUACUAAGGUCUGAAGACAUCGCCUAUUUUUUACUCAAGAUGCUGACAGUGGGGAUUUUCUAGAAGUCUGAAAACAGACAAACGAGAACUGGUCAUUCUCUUCUUUUACACCACAUAUUGAAUCUAAGCGUAACUAGCAUGCUGCAAUUGUCUUGUUCAGCUGCAGCAGCUCUCUGUGAGAAGAGGCGUGUGACAACAUUGUUGUAGAACUGAGCUUGUCUUGGCUUAGCUUGUGAAUGUGGAAGAAGAAAUAUAAACAUGAUGAUCAUGGCAAUCAAGAGGAAUGUGUACAUAUCUGAAUGUGGAGAGAUCCAUUUACUUCUCUAGAGAGGUUGAGAAAUCCAGAGGUGAAAUGGGACAGUAUGCCUUAGGACUACAGAUGCAUGAAUGCAACACUGACAAGUCUGUUACUAUGAUCUGUACUUAAUGAAUUUCAGGGAAAAAAGGGAAAAUAAGAUUUUGUUACUGGCCAUGUGUUUCAAUAGGAAGACACUGAGAGCUGUUUGUCCCUUUAGCUUUGGGCACCUUGACUGCUCCCAUUAGCUGAACCAUUCCCUCGAAAGAAUAACACCCAACUUCUUGUGGUCUGAGACAUGGCUGACAUGACCCAAGCCUGGAGCCAGGUUCUCGGGUAGAAGUCAGGAGGUGAAACUUUCUCUCCAUUAAGGUUGCUAAAAAUCAGGUGAAGCUGGAUUGAAAUAUGUCUUGGGCUGGGGAAAACAGCUGAACAGAGGAGUGAAAAAGAGGAGUGAAAAAGGAGAGGAAAAAGAGGGGGAAAGGAAAAAAAAAAACAGUACUGAACUUUCACAGAGGUUUCAUAUUUCUCAGAAGAGUCCAUGGAGUCUGCUUACAGUUUUUGUGUGUGAUAAACAGCAAACAUUUAAUUAAAAGGACAGACAAAUAUACUGGCUUUACCAUUUGUGUCUAUUCUAAAAGAAAGGUGUUUACCGCUAUUCUCCUUUGCAGAGCAGAUGUGAAACCUCAGUGGGGCAUUGCACAAUAACGUAUAAGCUACAGAAGUGAUGAACUGUAGUAUCAUCUUCAGUGUGAAAAGGGAAAAUCUUUGCCUAGUACUUAGCCCACUCACACGUAGGCUAGCUUUAACGUGAUGCUAAACGCUUCUUACUUUCCAGGUGAGGCGAUAUCGUUGUCUUUGCUGAUAGCUGGAAACUGUUGUGCCUUGAAGAGCAGUUCAGCUAUUCAAAGCAUGCUAAGAUGUCGUGUCGUUCUCAUGUCUCAGAAGAUUUAUUUUUUUAAAACGACUCUGUGGCCCACUAAUGUGAUGUAAUAGCAGUUUGUCUAAAAAGUGUGGUUUCGUUCUUGCUGCCAUUUCAGUUGUUCCUCAUAAAAUUUUGUGUGAGUAAACACCCACUCUGUUUCUCCUUAACUACUGAACUUAAUGCUGGGCUAAUGAUGACAACAUGCUGCUGCGGAGAAACGCUGCAGUCCUAUGGUCAAGUCUACUUUCUUUCAGCUGUUUGCUAAUGAGCGAUCUACCUCCUGUAUGUGUCCCUCCAGCGUACAUUUUUACAGGGCAUUGAUCUUUAAUGACUGCCUGACAUUAAAAAAAAAAAAAAAAAAAAAAAAAAAGAAAGAAAGAAAGAGGAAACGAGAAAACAAGAAACUUUAUUUUUGGGAUGGGAAAACUGAGUUCUGCUCUUAAUGGGUGAAGAGUAAAAAACCCUGAUAAAGAAAGAUCUCUGAGCAGAACAGAUCUUUGAGUUCUCUAGUUGCAAGAAAGACAAAGAUGGUAAUGUUCCAUGCUCUAUUUGUACUCUUUAUAACUUGGCUUCCGUGCGGUUUUGUCUUGUUUUUGUUUUUUUUCUAAGUGCUAGCAGUAGAAAAAAACAGUUACAAAAUUACUAAAACCAUGCAUCUAAAGUAAAUGGACUUAAUGCAGUGAGGUAAACUUUUACAUGCAUCUUGAAGGUUACCCAGAGGUGUGCUGGAUGCCCCGUCCCUGGAGACAUCCAAGAUCAGGCUGGACAGGGCUCUGAGCAACCUGUAGGUGCAACUGAUGUAGCUGUAGGUGUCCCUGUUCAUUGCAGGAGAGUUGGACUAGAUGGCUUUUAAGAGUCCCUUCCAACUCAAAUGAUGAUAAGCUGAGGAGUCUCAAAUCACUUUGAGGGGAGAAAACAGCACCUUCUGUGGAGAGCUGUUCUUUAGGAGAAAGACCACGUGCGAAUUCUGGAAGUGAAAAUUGUUUUGUUGGCUUUCUUGGGAAGACUGAGACUCUGAAAGCAGUAGUAAACCAUCAUGGUACAGUUUCCUUUCUGACCAUGUUUAUAAUUACUGUGCCAAGGAUAUAUGGUUGAAUGAAGUUCGCCAGUAAGCACAGAACGUGACUGUGAAAGGGCAACCAAAAUUGAGUCUAACUUCUGUAUUCCAAAAUUACUUGAAACACUUCUCCAACAUAGUGAGGAGAGGCCUAUAUACAGAAGCUUCAUUUUAUUCCUUGAUUUGUUCCUUUUAUUUUAAAUCUUCCAAAAUUGGAAUUCACUGUCAUCCAAAGGUAAGCUAAAACAUCUAGCUGCUUCUUACCUCACUGGUCCUUGUUCAGAACUCCCACAUUUCCUUUACUAAGGAAGUAGGCGGAGGAAAACAAAGAAUCACAAAAUGCAGAUUAAAAACCAUCUCUUUGUCCUGGAGAAAUGGUAUAUUUCACCAACUAGUGUCUUCUAAAAGAUCAUUUCGGUUCCUUUCCAUUAAAAUAGGAGGAAUUUUUUCACACAGAGGGUGGUGACGCACUGGAACAGGUUGCCCAAGGAGGCUGUGGAUGCCCCAUCCCUGGAGGCACUCAAGGCCAGGCUGGAUGUGGCUCUGGACAGCCUGGUCUGGUGGUUGGUGACCCUGCACAUAGCAGGGGGAUGAAACUGGGUGAUCACUGUGGUCCUUUUCAACCCAGGCCAUUCUAUGAUUCUAUGGAGAUGCCAAGCUGGCAAUAGCUUGACCUUAUCCAUACAGCAGAUGUAAUUUCUUUCAACUUCAGUGUGAGGUUUUGAAUAGAAAACAAAGCGGAAGAUUGCAGUAAACAGCAAUCGAUACAUACUAAUAUAUGCUUCACCUGGAAAGAGAAGAUGUGAGAUGGUGGUCCUUGCAGACUGAGGCAUUGCUAUAAUAGCAUGGGAUGUUGCAGCUGACAUGCUUGCCCUUGUACUCGGGACUGAGAGAUUCUUCCCUUUAAAUUUUUGCUUCCUGCAUCAUCAAUCAGGCUGAAAACCCUCGCCUGAUGUUGCCAAGGAGUCUGCUGAUUUGAGUCCCUGCACGUGGGCAAAAUGAAGUCCCUGAUCUUCUUUCAGUACUUCAUAGAAGCAAACCCUGGCAGUAAAACAAGACUGGUCUACAGGAGUUCUGUUUCUUAUGCCAACAAGUCUUCGAUUUAAUUGUAUUCAAAUCUACAACAACUCGCAAGCAUAACACUAACAUCAUGUUUAAACAGACUAAGAAGUUACCUAAACUUUUCUGUACAUUCAUCUACAAUGUUUGGGAGUGGAAUUGGACAUUCAUUUACAGAAUUAAAAGAACACUAAGGUAGAAAAUUGGCAUUUUUGUGCCUAGCUUGCUGGUUGGGUGAGAAACAAAGGUGUUUUGAGUCAGUCACCCUGCAGGUGGUUUGUGCAAAAGAGCCAAUUCUUGUAUUCUUGUGUGGGAUUCUGGGCAGAUUAUCAGUUAAAGGUGGGGAGCUGUGACUGGGUUCUGUAAGUACAAGGAACGGUGCAGGAGCAAUCCUGUUACAACUCUGGGCAUAACAGUGGAUUUACAAGGUGCUUUUUGUGAGAGGUGUUUCAGUGCUUCUGUGGGCUUUGGCAGUAGCUCCAACACACUGACUUCAAGCCUUCAGAAAGGAGGAAGUGUGUGUUCUUGCUGUGUGCUCCAUGUCUGAUGUGCAAACACCUGACUUGCUGGGGAAAGGAGCAGUAUAACCUACCUUCUCUCAUUUAAAGAAAAUAAAUAAAGACUGAACAAGGAUAUCAGAAAUAAUGUAGCAAGCAGGAGCAGGGAGGUGAUAGUCCCCCUGUAAUUACUGCUGGUUAGGCUGCACCUCGAGUACUAUGUUCAGUUUUGGAUCCCUUGCUACAAGAAAGGCAUCAAGGAACUGGAGCGUGUCCAGAGAAGGGCAAUGAGUCUGAGAAGGGUCUGGAGUCUUAUGGGGAGCAGCUGAGGGAACUGGGAUUGUUCAGUCUGGAGAAGAGGAGGCUCAGGGGAGUCCUUAUCACACUGUCUACAAUGACAUGAAAGGAGGCUAUAUGGCCUCUUCUCCCAAGUAACAGUGAUAGAAUGAGUGGCAAUAGCCUCGUGAUGUGCCACAAGAGGUUCAGAUUGGAUAUUAGUAAAAAUUUCGUCUCUGAAAGAGUAAUAAUGUAUUGGAACAGGCUGCCCAGUGAGGUGGUGGAGUCACCAUCCCCGGAUGUUUUUAAGAAAAGUGUGGAUGUGGCUCUGAGUGAUGUGGCCGAGAGCGGUCACGAGCAUGGGUUGAUGGUUGGACUAGAUGAUCUUGUUGGUCUUUGCAACCUUAAUGAUUCUAUUAUUCUAAGGGUGAAGUGUUAAAUACUCAGAAAUUGACUAAGUCUGGCACUAUUCCAAGGGUAUGAAUUUCUUGGCCUACAAAAAAUGUUUUUUCACAGUGAAGAAAUUUCCUUUGGGGAAAGGACUGCAGAAAAUGCAAGCAGAGGUAAAGAAAACCACAACAGUGUUCUCGGCUGAACUUGCGGUGAGCUGAUCCAAGGUGAGUAUGUAGCAAAGGUUCUAGUGAUGUUCACCAGUAUGAUGGCCACUGUGUUUUACUCCUGGCAGGUGGAAGGACCUCAUAGUAGGAAGUGCAGCAUCCUUAAUAAACAGCCCGAGCGAUUUAUAAUAACUAGGAGGUCACAUCCUGUGAUUUGAAUCAUUCAGUGGGACCAUUUGUAGGUGGGUGUGGAAAUGAUGGUCUGUCUUGUGUAACUUCUAUUGAACUUGGCUUGCAAUCUCUCUUCUGACAGUAUUGAUCAGACAAUUAUGAACAGCAAAGCUCCAAAUACUAAUAUGUUUUGCAUGCCUUUUAAGGAGAGGUACAGUGUUUCUUUUAACUCUGUUUGAAGUAGCUCACAGGAAUAACAUGCCUGACCUCGGGCUUGGCAGACGUGGUCUCUACUUCUGCACAAGUGUGGGAAUGGAAUUUGAGUACUCGGUAGUUUCAACUUGGUAUGCUUUUCUUUAAGAUGGGGGUGAGGAGAGAACCUUUUUGAGGAGAAACCGGGGAACUCACAGAUACAUCAGCAGCAGGGAGUAUUCCUCUCUGAAACGUGGAACUUGUGACCCGCUGGGACUUAUAAGCAAGGGAGGAUAAGAGAUGACUGGACAUCAUGCAGGAAAGAAGGCAGUAAAUACCCCACACAGCUUCUGUGCAAUCUCUGUCGUAACUGGAGUUGCAGUAAGAAGGAUGGAGCUGCUUAGUAGCAUGAACGUGUUCCUAAGGGAAAAACACACUGAGUGACAAGUUCAGAUGUCCCUACAAUGAAAACUGUUCUUUGCAAGCAGCAGCUGACACAAACCUUGCUUGUGGAGUUAGGAGGGUCGUACAUCCCAAGUUUGGAGAGGAGAUUUGCACACUUUGCAGUGUGAAACCACAGAUUCCUCUUGGCUUGUGACGUUGGGAAUGCCCUUCUGAAAAAUGUGCCCACAAAGUGAAAGAGAAGGAAAGAGGGGAGGAAACAGUGAAUUUCAGAGCCAGGAAAUGGCUUUAACAGGCAGCUUUACUGUGGGAACAGCAUUGUAAACAAUUGUUGCUGUUAAUCUUGCAGUCCCAAAUGCUGAGUUUGCUGGAUUUCUGCAUACCUUACCCUAAAAUAAGGGUGAUGGGAUAACACAACAGUAAUUCAACUGUCCCUUAUCCUAAUUCAUCACAGAUUUGAAGGCUUUUACAAGGAAAGCCCGAUUCGAUUCUAAUCUAGGGCAAGGAAAGGAAAGGAAUGUUUAAUGACUUUUUAUUUUUAUUAAUUUCACUCUAUUUUCUUGAAUCUAAAAAGUCUUCAGUAAGUUUGGAAGUAGUUCUGAAGGUAACAUUAGUCUGAUGAAUGUGAAAGUGCCUUAAUCAUGCAUAGACACAAACAAGAUGUGAGUGUGGGCCAGUCAUGUUUGAAUCUGUGUUGCGGACUAAGGUGAAAUUCCCCAUCUUGAUUUGUUAUGUGAUUUAUACAGGCUUUUGCUAUGGAACUUAGGUACUUGUGACAGGCAAAGCGAUUACUGGGAUCGGUUCAGAUGUUCAGUUAAUAAAUGAUCUAUCUGCUCUGGACACUCUAUCCAAUACACCUUUAUCCUAUGCUACUUUCUUAAUCAUGAUCUGUUAGACACAACUCUACCUGGGUGGGCUUUCAGACUUUCCAACUACCAUUCAGUGUGAAGCUUUAUCUGGGGACCAAAACUUAUCAGGCAGUUCAUAAUAAUGUAUACUGGAGUAAAGGACUUCCCAGUUUUUUCCCACGCUGUACUGGGGAGCUCGGUGCUGUGUGGAUCGUCUUGAGAGAGAUCACAUGGCGUGUGCAGGACAGCUGUAGGGUCAGGCCUAGCCAACAUGGGUUCAUGAAGGGCAGGUCCUGCUUGACCAACCCAAUCUCCUUCUGUGAUCUAGUGACCCAUCUGCUGGAUGAGGGAAAGGCUGUUGAUGUGAUCUACCUAGAUUUCAGCAAAGCCUUUGACACUGUCUCCUACAGUAUUCUCCUGCAGAAGCUGACAGCCCGUGGCUUGGACAGAUACACUCUUGACUGGGUAAAGAACUGGCUGGAGGGCCGGGCCCAGAGAGUGCUGGUGAAUGGAGUUAAAUCCAGCUGGCGACUGGGUACAGGUUGUGUUCCCCAGGGGUCAGGACUGGGGCCUGUCCUGUUCUGUAUCUUUAUUGAUGACCUGGAUGAGGGCAUUGAGUGCACCUUCAGUAAGUUUGCGCCAUGGGAGACUCAGGUUGGAUAUUAGGAAAAAUUUCUACUCCCUAAGAGUGGUCAGGAGCUGGAAUGGGCUGCCCAGGGAUAUGUGGUGGAGUCACCAUCACUGGAUGUGUUGAAGAAACGUUCAGAUAUUGUGCUAAGGGAUGUGGGUUACUGGGGAAACAUUGGUGGCAGGUGAAUGGUUGGACUGGAUGAUCUUGGAGGUCUUUUCCAACCUUGGUGAUUCUGUGAUAGGUGUCAGUGGGGGGAACCCUGUUGCAGUGGUAUGGGUAGAGGCAGUGCCCCUCCCAGGCCCAUAUUCUGUAGUACAGAGCUGGAGAAGAUGUGUAUUGGUGCACGUAAAUGGGCAGCAUUCCAGAGAAACAAACAUUCAGGUUAGCUUCAAUGUUUGAUAACGUAAUACUUUUUGUUUAAUUUUCAGGUGCCCUUGGUCUCCUGCGUUUCUUACAUCUUAGAUGUUUCUGAACUCAAAGGCAUCCCACAUAAGAACAUUCCAUAUGCAAGUAAAAAGAAUAGUAAUAAUAAUAAAAAAGUGGUGGAAGUAUUCAGGCUUCAUUUUUAUGCCUGAGCACAAUGCCAGAGCUGUGCUGUGCUGCUUCUGGAAAUCUGGUCAAUUAGAUAGCAGUAAUUGGAAAUACUGCACUCACAGCCCACUUUGAUGUGGUUAUUCGGAGGAAAAAAAAUGCGUUCCCUCAGAGAAAGUGAGUGCUUGACUUAAAAGGGUUUUGCUGCACUGUUAAAAUAUCUGAUUUCCGCCUCUAAUAAAUAGAUUGAAUGUAUUUUUAACUAAUUACGUCUCUGACGUUGCUAUUGCUGGGGCAGGGAGAAGUAGGCCGUGCAGCUCCAUGUUACAGCAUAUUCAUGAAGUUUAUUUCUGGGUUGUAGUUUAAUCAAGAAAGCUGUCAUCCAACCAUUCCAAAUUUUGGUCUCAGAUUGCCUGACUGAAUGUCUUGGUGUUGGCACAGAGUAAUGGCAGAAAGCAGAAUGCCAGGAGAUGGGUAAUUACCAUGGUGGAAUAGCAGCUCCCAGCAUGAGGAGUCAUGGUAUUUUGAUGAUGUUAAAUAGCAAUGGGUUAUCGUUUAACUAAACAGAGGAGAUAGAGAAGAGAGAAAGAAUAAAAACAUAUUGUAAAAGCUGCGUUCUAGGGAUAGUAGUAGUGCAAGACAGGGAAUAGAGUUCAGUCAACACGUUUCACUGACUGCAGCUUAGGUGGUUGACUAUAUAUCUAUUUAAUACACUGUCCUUAAAUAACUAUGGUCUCAGUUAGGAAAUGCUCAGCAGAUAAGAAUUCCAAAUGUACGCUAACAAACAAACAGUCUUGGCAAAGUAUACAACAAAUGAUAUGCACCCCCGGCUCCCCACAAAACCAUUAGGUAACACAUGGAAACUCCUGAAGUACACAAUGCACUCCACAAGCUGCCAGGUAAUGGAGUCUGCUGAUUCCUGCAAGGCACAGUAUUAGACUGAAUUCUCUGAGAGAGGGCCAUAACCAAUAUCCCCUGGAAAGAAGGGAGGUUUCAAGAUAAUGUUAGGGAGAGUAAUGCGACCUGAUGUUCAAUGGUUGAUACAGAAAUCAGUGCCUGCGGUGUGGGGAUCUCAGUCCAGCUGAGAGGGGAUCCCACUCAAUAGUGGUCCCUACUCUGGAGCACCUCUCCUGUGAGGAAAGGUUGAGGGAACUGCGCUUCUUUCGCUUGGAGAAGAGAAGGCUCCGGGGAGACCUCAUUGUGGCCUUCCAGUACUUGAAGGGAGCACAUAAACAGGAGUGGGAAUGGCUGUUUAUGAGGAUGGAUAGUGAUAGGACAAGGGGCAAUGGUCUUAAACUGAGAUAGGGAAGGUUUAGGUUAGAUAUUAGGAGGAACUUUUUCACUCAGAGGGUGGUGACACACUGGAACAGGUUGCCCAAGGAGGUUGUGGAUGUCCCAUCCCUGGAGGCAUUCAAGGCCAGGCUGGAUGUGGCUCUGGGCAGCCUGGUCUGCUGGUUGGCGACCCUGCACAUAGCAGGGGGGUUGAAACUAGGUGAUCAUUGUGGUCCUUUUCAACCCAGGCCAUUCUAUGAUUCUAUACUCUGUUUGUGACUAGUCUCUACUGACAUUGUUAGUUAAUUGCUACAGUGCACACUUUGUCUGCUGUAUGGGGUUAGUCUGAUAAGCUGUGUGUGGUCUGCUUCAUAAAAAAGCAAGGAAGGCCUCCCUUGGGUUUUACAGGAGUUGGUUCCUUAAGCCUAGAGCCAUGGAACCAGACCUGUGAGUGGUGUCCCAUUGUUUGUCUUGGUGCAGCACUACCUUGACAUGAAACAACACAACUACAGAGCGGCAUUAAAUUCAGGCAGAAGUUGCUGGGUCAGGCUCUUGACAUUAGUUUAAGGCCAUGAUUGGGAGGGGCAGUCAGGUUUAUUGGUUCUCCUAGCGACAUAAUUGCUGCAGGCUAUAUAUCAAAAGGGUAAAGAAGAUGACUAGGCAGAAAACCGCUACUGGACCUUCACCUGGUCCUGUUUUCCAUCCCUCACCCAAUUAUGCCUUUCCCUUUCUUCUGCAUGCCUUUUCAGGAGAAUUGCACAGACAGUAGUUCUGGCUGCAUUUGAACACAAGGUCAAGGCCUCAUCCAUGCACUCCUUUCCAAAUAUAAGAGGUCUUCGUGUUGCGUGGAGCUCCUGCUCUGUUAAAAAGCUUCAGGUUCGGUGUGAACACAGACAUCUGUUUUAGGUCAGCCAAGUGCUUUGCCUUUUCUUUUCUCACUGUGUUCACAGCUUGAUGUAAAGCUUGGAGUCACUGAGAAGUAGCAGGUAUGUAUGUGCCUGGUAUGUGACCAGUAUGUGACUGGUAAUGGUGGCAGCUUGGCACAUGCAUGCAUAUGUUCUGUAUUUCAGCUGAGAAGUUAGGAGGGUGGGUUGUUCCCGCAGGUUAAGGCCAGCAGUUCAGCUGCAUUCUCAUAACACAGAACUGGAGUUCCCAUCCUUAAAUGUGGUUAAUGAUUCCCAGAUAGGAGUAUCCAACACUUGCUCAGAUAACCUGUUAUUUAAGAAAGGGCACAAACUACAGUGGACAGUAAAUGUUAUUAUAAGCAGCAGUAAAAUGUGGAUGUACAUCAAUAUGGGUGUGAUAGAGAGGACUGCAGCUGGAGCAGGUCCAAAGAAGGGCAACAAGGCUGGUGAAGAGCUUGGGGAAUAUGCCCUACAAGGAGCGACUGAAGGAACUGGGGCUGUUUAGUCUGGGGAGGAGAAGGUUGAGGGAAGACCUUAUUGCUCUCUUCCAAUACAUGAAAGGUGCUUACAGCAGAGCGGGGUUGGUCUCUUCUCACUGCUGACAGGUGACAGGAUGAGGGGAAAUGGCCUCAAGUUGCGCCAGGGUAAGUUUAGGUUGGAUAUCAGGAAACACUUCUUUACAGAAAGGGUUGUUAAGCAGUGGAAUAGGCUCCUCAGGGAGGUGGUUGAGUCACCAUUCCUGGAUGUGUUUAAAAACCGUCUGGAUGUGGUGCUCAGGGACAUGAUUUAGCAGAGGGUUGUUAGAGUUAGGGUAGUAGGGUUAGGUUGUGGUUCGACUUGAUGAUCUUCAAGGUCUUUUCCAACCUGAGUAAUUCUAUGAUUCUAUAUCUGCUCUGAAAAUGAGUGAAUCUCUCUGGAUUAAUAAUUUACCAUUUAGUCUUGGUUCCAUUUUGUAUUUUCUCCCCAGUGUUCACAGUGGACAAACAUUGUAGCAGUGUCAUCCAGAGGUGUGCACAGCAGGAUCUGGGAAAGGAGUGAGUAGGAAAGUGCCAAAUGUGAAGGGUGCUCAGUUACUUGGGAUGAUGAGUACUAAGGUCGUGACUCUAAAAUGUAGAGCAGCACGUGGUGAAAAGGAGCUUUAAUUGUGUGAGUGCAGUGGCCUGUAAAAUAGCUCUUACUUUGUGAGAGAGCUCAGAAUCAUUAAGAAGGUAGCAGGAAUUAGUGAAAAGAUGAAUGGUGCUGGGAACUGGACUCACAAUCCUUAUGUCGCUGUGUCCUUGCCACCAGCAUCCCCUGCAGCUUCGGCUGUCUUUGAAAGGACAUAAAAGGGAGAAGGCAGAGCAAGGCAAAAAGCAGUCAGAACUCCAGUGUAAUUUUUCUGUGAUGAGUAAACACCUGUGUUGUAGCAGCUUUGGUAAAGGAGCAAAUCUGAACAGGACUUACCGCACUUCUGGUCAAUGGAGGCAAAACCUAUCAUAGGCUGUUCUUCUUGUGUGCUUUCCCUCCAGACAGCUGCAAGCAGUGUUUCCAGUCAACAGAACAGCUCCAUUUUGUCUGUACUUUUUGCCCACUCUGGUCAGCAGUGAGGUGGUAAAGUGACUGAUGGUAAAGUGUUUUAGAUAGCAGUCAUUCUUGAUCCUUUCCAGUCGUGAAGUUGGGCUGAAGCCUACACCUGUUCCGUGCUUCAGAGUGUAACUUUUCUAUUGUAUAUGCGCAGCAGGAACUUCCUGACAAGAUAGCACAGUUCCUCUACUUGCUCUGAAAGAGGGCAAGCCGCCCUUCUUGCUCCAGUUCACCCAGCACUCAGGAAGGGAAGGAAGCUCUGCAGUAAAUCUGAAUGUGAGAAGCCUAUCGUGGUUUGCUGUUGUCAAGUAGGUUUGAGCAUUUGAAACGUGAACAUGCAAAAGCAUGCAGUCAGGUAAGGGAUGAAGUUCAGAUCUGGUAUUUAAUGAGAAAGGAAUUCUUCUUCAACACUGCCAAGUGUUAUCUUGGAAAGCAAAGCCCUAAGAAGACUGCAGCUAUUUCCUGCCUACAACCACAGGGCCCCUUUCCUCAGGACAAUGAGGAACUGAUGCUUAUAAUGCUCCUUGUUUUCAAAUCUUCUGCUCUUUUUCUUUUUUUUUUUCUUUUUAAUCCAAAUAAUCUGUUGUUCUUUGCAUUAUGUUUUUCUCAGAUAGCUGGGAAUAUCCUUCUCAAGUUGUGACUAGUUAGGCUUUUUAAGGGUUCUCAGUAACUUCUCAGUGCACAAACACCGGCUGGAUAUUUGAACUAGAUCAAACGGGGGAGGAGUGGAAAUAGUGGUGUGAGAUGGUGAUGAGAACUGAACUGUGCCUGACAAGCUGUGGAAGUUCAGCACUGUCUUUCUUUCUCCCGGGCAUUCUGUGUAUUCCCUAAUAUAGUCAAUAAAGAUGUUUGUGUUUGCCAACCUAA